GGGAAGCUGGCCAACAAGAUUUAGUGGUGGUGCCCCGUGGGCUUACUGUACACAUACCAGGACCCGGGACAGCCAGGCCGAGCCGGUGGUGGCAGUAUGAGCCCUCUGCAGACCGUCCUGACCAUCCUGGACAAUGCUGCUUGCCCUAGGCACCUAUUUCCUCUGGCUUUUCACCAGUGACCUCUGGGCCGUUCAGGCUAAGGACCCAGAUACUGACGUGAGCACAAGGAGCCUUCACCGGGACUUGGCUCCAAAGAACAUUGACUUUGCCUUUACCCUGUAUAGGCAUCUAGUGGCUUCAGCUCCUGGCAAGGAUGUCUUCAUCUCCCCUGUGAGCAUCUCCAUGGCCUUAGCUAUAUUGUUUCUGGGUGCCUGUGGCCACACACGGGUCCAGCUUCUCCAAGGCCUGAGCUUCAACCUCACCAAGAUGCCUGAAGCUGAGAUUCACCAGGGCUUUCGGCACCUCCGCCACCUCUUCAAGAAGGAGUCAGAAACCAUGUUGGAAAUGGCUAUGGGUAAUGCCUUGUUCCUUGACCACAGCCUGGAGCUUCUGGAGUCAUUCUCAGCAGACACCAAGCACUAUUAUGAGUUGGAGGCCUUGGCUACAGAUUUCAAGGAUGGGGCUGGAGCCAGCAGACAAAUCAAUGAGUAUAUCAAAAAUAAGACACAAGGGAAAAUUGUGGACUUUCUAUCAAAGCUGGAUAGUUCAGCCAUGCUCAUCCUGGUCAACUACAUCUUCUUCAAAGGCACAUGGGAACACCCCUUCAACCCCGAGAGCACCAGGGAGGAGAACUUCUACGUGAACAAGACCACCGUGGCAAGAGUGCCCAUGAUGUUCCAGUCGAGCACUAUCAAGUACCUUCACGACCGGGUGCUCCCCUGCCAGGUGGUCCAGCUGGAGUACAUAGGCAACGGGACCGUCUUCUUCGUCCUCCCAGAUGAGGGGAAGAUGGACAUGGUCAUCGCCGCGCUGAGCCGGGACACCAUUCAGAGGUGGUCUGAGUCCAUGAUCACGGGCCAGGUAAACCUGUACAUCCCAAAGGUGGCCAUCUCCGGAGCCUAUGACCUCAGUGCCAUCCUGGGGGAUAUGGGCAUUGCACACUUGCUCGACAAGGGGGCAGAUUUCUCCGGCAUCACCCAAGAGGCCCAGCUGAAGUUGUCAAAGAAAUGCAAAAUAAAACUCCGUGGAGGUGCCAUUCCCUGUCUGCCGGAUUGGCAAAGCCGCGAGAGCUUCCCAGCACACCCCGCUGAUGGUGGGGAGACCAUGGGGCACGCAGCGCUGGUGAGCACACUAACGCCCACCGUGGAGCAGGAGAUUGGCAAUACAAACAUGGAAGCUUUCUUCCCAAAGUUCCAGCUAGAUCAGAAGUAUGAGAUGGUCAACUGUCAACUGUUUAAGCAGAUGGGAAUCGGAAGAGUCUUCUCACCCAGGGCUGACCUCUGUGAGCUCUCAGUUACUUCAAGAAACCUGAAAGUACCCAAGGUUUUACCCAGAGCAGUAAUGGAGGAUGAUAAAAAAAAAAAACAAAAAACGGAGGCAGUGGUGGGAACCCUGCAGGAAAUCAUUGCUUAUUCCAUGCCUCCCAUCAACCAAGUGGACCAGACAUUUCACUUCAUGAUGUAUAAAGAAACCUCUAGAACGUUUCUAUUUCUGGGCAGCGUGGUGACUCCAGCUCUCCUCUGA